CAUCUACAAAAUAUUAAAGAAAAAAAGAUAGUAGAAGAGAAGAGUACAUAUUAAUGGAGACAUUAUUAUCAUCUAGGAUUGUUCUAUUUGGAAAACCUUUGUUAUCAUUAUCAAAUACAAAUUGUUAUAUCAAUGGUGGCAACAAUUUGAGGAGUUUGAAUUUCAAAUGUAGAGUUAAUGGUAACAAAAACGAUGUUAAUGAUGAUUAUGAUUAUGAUGCUCCUCUUUCCUCCAUUGACUCAGCUUAUGCUCUUCUUGGACUCCAUCCCACCUCUUCACCUUCCCAAAUCAAAGCAGCUUUUCGCCACAAAGUGAAGCAGUUUCAUCCAGAUGUGAAUAGAACUGGGCAAAAUUCUGAUGCAAUGAUUCGACGUGUUAUUCAAGCUUAUGAGAUGUUAUCCAAUUGCAGUCGAUUGGAGAUUAUUGAAAGUGAAUGUUUAGAUCCUUUUGAGAAGCCUGAAUGUGAAGCAUUGGAUCUCUUUGUGAAUGGGACUCUUUGUGUUGGGAAAGGGUGCCCAUAUUCAUGUGUAACAAGAGCCCCUCAUGCCUUCACAUUUGCAUCUACUGGAACUGCAACUGCAACUUCUCAAGGACACGGUGAAGAUUACCAAGCUCAGCUUGCUGUUGGUCAGUGCCCGAGAAGUUGUAUUCAUUACGUUACACAUUCCCAGAGAAUUAUCCUAGAGGAGUUACUUGACAGCAUCAUGAACAUGCCUUAUGAUUGUUCAGCUGAAGCAGAUUUACUGUACGGUCUUAUAGUUAAAUCAAAAUAUGAGAACAAUAGAUACCAAAAGCCAAAGAAGCAAGCCAAAGUUUCAACAGAAAAUGUGGAUUGGUUUUGAGUUCAUUCCUGCCUUGGUUUUAAAAAAUAAGCCUGUAUAUUUAUAUAUAUACAUAUAUACAUAGAGAAAGUUGAAUACUUUGCCUAAUCUUACUGUUCCAUUUGUGAAUAUUUGAUUACAAUAAGAAUGUAAAGAUGUAUAUUGAAUAAAUGAAUGGAUGUCACCAUUACUUGUGUAA